UGAAUGUGUGUGGUUGUGUUAAAUGUCCCAACCGUUUAAAUCGUUCUCUGAUCAAACGCUGUUGUUAAACAAACGAUCCAACCUAUUUAUACGAUCUAAUUUCGUGCCCUUUGAUAGCGGUAGUGAUUUGUGUUUACGUCUAUAAAAUAUACGAUUGUUUUUGCUUGUGUUUUACAAUUUUGUGAUGGAUUUUGUGUUGAUGUGCUCAAAACACUAUUGAAAUGGAAUAGUGCAUUUGUAAUUUAACACGGUAUAAGUGCAGAGACAACAAAUUAGUGAUGUGAACCGAUUAAAUUAUCGAUAUUAGUUAAACAUGUGACAAUGACAAAAUCGAUACCGUCCAGUCUAUGACUGGUGUUUGUGUAACACUAGUGAUGUACCCAUGUCGAUAAUGAGUGUGCCGCGGUCGCAACUAGUGUUGCUCUUCAUGCUACUACAAUACAAUGUCGAUAGUCAACAAGAGGUGCUUAUCGAGGAGUCGCUGGAAGUGGAAUCACUACACGCGCCAACAGGCGGUGCAGUUGAGUUGCCUUGCGACGUACAACCGACCCAGCCAGAAGAUAGAGUCGGCUUAGUCAUCUGGUACAAGCAGGGACACGAAUCACCUAUUUACUCAUUGGACACACGAGAAGGUGUGACGUCACACUGGUCGGAUCCCGCCAUCUUGGGCACUAGAGCCACAUUCAGAACUAACACCACUCCUGCAGUCCUCAUACUUACGAGGUUAAGAGCUGAAGACAGCGGUCAAUACAGAUGUCGUGUGGACUUCAUCAAAUCACAAACAAAGAACACAAGACUCAACUUAACAGUACUUAUACCACCAGACAGGUUGCUGAUAAUAAAUCAAGAUGGUAAGGAAGUGGACGGCGGUGUCCUUGGUCCUUAUGACGAGGAUACGACAAUCAACCUUACAUGCAUCGCUGUUGGUGGUCGUCCAACCGCUCGUGUGUCGUGGUGGAAAUCUCACGCUUUGCUCGACAAUUCUGAAGGCAAAGCUAAAGUGUCCCUCAACCUUCACAGAUCUGACUACGGCACUGAAGUAACAUGUCAGGCCGUGACUGACCCCUCAAUAACUCCAUUGUCUCGGACGCUGUCCGUCGAUAUGAACUUACGUCCGCUGUGGGUGCGCAUACAAGGCGGACAGCGACCCCUGGUGGCGGGUCGCAGCACAUCUCUCACCUGCCAGGUAGUGGGGGCCCGGCCCGCACCCACCGUCUCCUGGUGGAAGGGAGCCAACAAAAUGAAUUCUGUCACACAAACGACGACACUGGACGGCAACAUAACGAGUAGCGUGUUGACAUUCGUGCCCAGCGUUGAAGACAGUGGCAGAGCGCUGUCGUGCAGAGUGGUGCAGCCGACUUUAGUGCAUUCCACAAGAGAAGACGGCUGGAAACUGGAGAUACAGUAUUUACCAGCAGUAAAACUAAGUGUGGGAGCUAACAUCAACGCUGAGAAGGUGGUGGAAGGAUCUGAUGUGUAUUUAGAUUGCAGAGUGAGAGCCAAUCCUUGGCAUAGUCAUGUUUCCUUCACACAUGAUGGUGUUCCAGUGAAGCCAGGAGUUGGAGUUCUGUUAGCAAACCAGAGUUUAGUACUACAACACGUGUCUCGUGCUGCUGCCGGAGCGUACGUCUGCUCAGCCAGGAAUGUGCUGGGAGAUGGACACAGUCAGCCAUUGAUGCUGGAUGUCAAAUUUGUGCCGACGUGUAAGUCUCGUGAGGCGGGUGUGGUGCGCGCUGCUCGAGGCGAGGUGGUUGCUAUACGAUGCGAACUUGACGCUAAUCCUAAGAAACCGAUGACAUAUAGAUGGUGGUUUAACAGUUCAACUCACAGCAAGAAGGAGUUGAAGACUUCAGCGAUGCAUUCACCUUAUGAUGAACUAGGUACAUUCCAGUACGUUAUCAACAGUUCGGAAGACUACGGCUGGGUCCAGUGCGCUGGACAGAACUCUAUUGGCUCGCAAAUUGAACCAUGUCUAUUUCAAAUUUUACCUGCUGAAAAGCCAUCGAGCGUGAAGAAUUGCGAAGUGACAAAUGUGACUUACGACUCGUUGUCAGUGAACUGCACACCAGGGUAUGAUGGUGGGGUCAAACAGAUAUUCGUUUUAGAGAUAUACGACACAGAAUCCGGAUCUUUGUUACGUAACCUAACGAAUGAGUCUCCUACAUUCGAAGUGACAGAGUUGUACUCUCGCGCAGCUCUCACUCUGUCCAUACGAGCGAGUAAUGCUAAAGGUUCCAGCGAUGCCUUCAUUCUCACUUGUAGCCUCAUCAAAUACCCUGAGAGGAGGACAGCGGCAGUACCAGUGCGGGUGGAGCUGACCACUCUGUUGGUGACAGUGUUGGUCGGUGUUGGCCUGUUCGCGGUGUUGGCCGCUGUCUCAGCCACCAUGUGCUACUGCAAAUACUUCAACAAUAGAGAAAAUAAUGAAAAAGCCAAGAGACCUCAAGACGAGACCUCAGACGUGCUGUUGUCCGGUAUGAAAAAGACUGAAAGUAAUGAUAGCGUAGAUAAAAAUCCAGAUAUAAUACCAAUAAAAUCUAAAAUCAGUGACAACUGUUCGAUAAAUUCCAAUAGACCUUUGAUGUCAAAAGCCAGCUUGGACAAAUUGGAGCCAACAUUCGGCAGUUUCCAUACAUUGGCAAACAGCAGCCAAUAUGAUAUGAAGUAUCGAAUGCCACAAACAUACCAACAUGUGACACCAAUGGCAAACGUUGGCGGGAAUGUUUGCUGGCAGCCUUGUGACAAUGUCUACGAGGAUUGGUUGAGAUAUAAAAAUGCGUUACCCUUGGACACUAGCGAUUUGUUACCUUUGGAACAAUUAAGACCACCAGAAGAAUAUCUACCUCCUCCUUUAGUAUACAGCGAUACAUUGCGCAAGACGAGCGCGUCUCAGUUACAGGACUACGAGAGGUACGACCUCCGUCUCUGUCCUGUUCGUGUCAGCGCAGAGAAUAACACCGCGUAUUACACGCCUCAACCUGAUUACCUACGGAAUAAUCCGAUGUCACCGAAACAAAGACUAGCAAAGGAGGGAAUAACAAGCGCAAAUAAACAAAUGGAUACGAGUUUGGGGUCGACAGAGUUAACAGAAUAAAUACUUAAACAUUUUUGGUACGCAAUGUACUAAAUUUAAAUAAGUGCUGAAUUAUUUAAGUACAUUCGCGAGUAAAAUAUAUGUUACUAUAAAAUAUUGGAGAAUAUACAGGGUGUUUAUUGGAUUUCCACUGUUAAAAAACGUGCAAAAAAUUUGCAAAAUUUCGCAUUUUUUUUCUUAUAAAAAUAAAACAACAUGAAGAUAUUGAUGUUUUUCUAUAAGUGUUUUGACAGUGGGAAAUUAUCUAAAGUACAGUCAGUUACAAAAUUAAACAUAAUAUAAAUUUAAUUCACAAUUUAUCUUAUAUUAUUAAAAAUCUUUAAUAAAUAAAUUCAACAAAUAAAACUCAUUAAAAUCAAGUCAAUCUUUAUUUAAGACAGGGGGAAUUUUUUAAUGAUUUUUUUUUAUUCCAGUGAUUGUAUUAAUCAUUCUAGCUAUGAGUUUCUACUACUGAAAUGACUGUACGAAAAUAUAGCUAUCUCUGUUUUUUACAAGUAAAUAAAAGAGAUGAGUAUAGUUUUAUGUACGUCUUUCAGCUGUAGACAAGUUAAACUUUUGUCGGCCAUAUUCAAAUGUGUAAUGUGUCAAAAUAUUUUUUUGUUUCUUAAUGGUG